UGUGCAAGCCUCAUACAUUGAUAAUGUUGCAACUCUUCACCUGUUGCAAACAGAGAUGAGUCACACUGGGCAGUACUCUUGCACUGCUACCAAUCCUGUUGGAACGGCCACAUCUAGUGCCAGACUCACAGUCUCAGAACCUAAACAAGCUCCCUUGUUUGAUAUCACACCGGAAUCCAAAGAUGUUCCAGUUGGAGAAAGUGUUGACUUUGAGUGUCAUGUGACUGGAGCCCAACCAAUACAUGUUUCCUGGGCAAAAGAUGGCCGAGAGAUCCGUACAGGAGGGAACUAUGCAAUUACAUUUGCAGCAAACACAGCCUGUUUAAGGAUUAUGAGAGUAGGCAAAGGAGACUCUGGUCAAUAUACCUGCCAAGCUAGCAAUGAUGUUGGAAAAGACUUUUGCUCUGCUCAGCUUAACGUGAAAG